UGCCGUAGGCAACAGCGCUGUAAAUACGUUCUUUGAAUGUUCAAAACAUAGAUGGCAGAAGUUGUCUGAUAUAAAAAAAUGGCUGUUUGUGGAGUAUCUAGAAGUGUUGGUUUUCAUUUAUUAAAACCUUUUUUCCGUGUUAAUACAGCGGAGCCGGUGCGGCUGGCAUCCAAGAAAACGGGCGGGAGCAGCAGGAACCGCAAGCGGAAUCCCCGGCCGAAGCACCGCGGCGUCAGGGUGCAGGACGGCUGCGAGGUGCAGGCCGGCACCAUCCUCGCCACCCAGGUCGGCCUGCGCUUCCACCCGGGACUCAACGUUGGUUUUGGUAAGAACGGUACCCUGUUUGCACUGGAACCUGGGCGAGUGGCAAUCACCUGUGAGGAGAUAGACCCCAACUGGGAUCACACGUGGAUACAGAGGACAUAUGAAGGCCGCAGGGACCAGACAAUCUACAAGAAGCACUUCAAUGUCAUCACCAAACCGCAACACACCCGCUUCAAGCUCAUAGAUGAGAUAUAGCUUGGCAUGGUACUAUGGAAGAGAAAGAAGAUGAGGUGGAUUCUACAGUUUUAACUAAAUGCUAGAGGUAAAAUUUUAAGCUUACAAAAAGAAGUAAAAUAUAUUCUAGCUUUUUUUUUAUGAAACCAAAUAAACUUAUUGGGAAACAGUAGAUAGCCAAUAAGUACAAAAUAAUGUUAUACUCUUUGGAAAAGACGGAGUGGAAUACACAAGAUAAACAAAUAUUUUUUUCUCUUUACUGUAUGUUGAUAAUGCUAUUCAACACAAAAGGGUAAAGAGUUUUUUUUGCCACGUUCAAAGCAAAUGAUAGUUUUGUUUUAACUCUAGAAAUGUGUUUCUUUAAUGGUGAAUUGAGCUCCUUUAGGUACAGCUGCUAAACUUUGGCCUAACUACCAUGUUAUAUUUUUAUCGUUCUUAUAGUUCCAAACGAACAUAAGUGGGCCUGAAGAAGUAAACUUGUGUGUGUUACUGUAGAAACAGAAAAUGAACUAGUGAGUGACCAACACACAAUUAUGUAACAAUUUUAAUUACGAUUUUAACACAAAAUGUGAAGAAUAAAAUAGUAAUAUGCAAUGUUUAUAUAGUAAAGUAUGCAUAUGAAUUGUAAUAUCUAAGCCUGUGUGAAUAUCAGUUUUUUAUUCAAAUCAAAUAUGAAUAUCAAAUUUGAAUAGUAAGAUAAAGAAUUAGAACUCUACUAAAAAAAAUUUUUGUGUCAUACAGCAACUUACAGAGAAUUAGACAAAUAAUACUAAAAUGAAAGAUUUAAGUCAGCUAAAACAAUUAUAUGGAAAUUUUUAAUUUAUGAAAUAACAUUUUGUAUUAUUAUUAUUAAAUUAUGCAGCUAACCUAACCAAUCAUUUCAGUUCUAUUCUACAAACUGCCAAUCUACAUAUUGAUUCAGAAAUUUUUUGCAAACCGCUAAAAUUGUGAAAUACAUUGCAAUCUAUUUUAUGAAAAA